AUGUCUGCUUCCCAGCGCUAUAGAUCGACCCGCUCGGCCAGCGACGCCUCCAUCUCAUUUGAGGAGGCGGUGAUGAUGGGCUUGGCCAAAGAUGGUGGUUUGUUUGUACCUUCUUCGAUUCCUGCGUUUCCUGACUCAUUUUUGACAGAAUGGAAAGACUUGUCGUUUCAGCAACUUGCGUUCCAGAUCAUGAGAAAGUACAUUUCCGAGCAGGAAAUUCCCAGUGAUGACUUGGAGAAGUUGAUCGAGAAGUCCUACUCGACUUUCCGUGCUCCAGACGUCACUCCUUUGAAUCCUAUUGAUAAAGAAAAUGGAGUAUAUUUGUUGGAAUUAUUCCACGGUCCUACCUAUGCCUUCAAGGACGUUGCGUUGCAAUUUUUGGGUAACUUGUUCGAGUAUUUCUUGGUCAGAAGAAACGCAUCUGCCAAAUCAGAACUGGAUCGUGAAAAAAUCACCGUCGUUGGUGCUACCUCUGGUGACACUGGAUCUGCUGCUAUUUACGGAUUAAGAGGCAAAAAAGACGUUUCUGUGUUCAUCUUGUACCCCACUGGAAGAAUAUCGCCAAUUCAGGAAGAACAAAUGACUACGGUGGAAGACGAAAAUGUUCAUACCUUGUCGGUGAAAGGUACCUUUGACGACUGUCAAGACAUUGUCAAGCAAAUUUUUGGCGACAAGGAGUUCAAUGACAAGUACCAUGUGGGAGCUGUCAAUUCCAUCAACUGGGCUCGUAUUUUGGCACAAAUGACCUACUAUGUCUACUCGUUUUUCCAGUUGCGCAAGAACCUCGGCACCGAUGCUGCCUCCAAAAUUCGGUUCGUUGUGCCUUCGGGAAACUUUGGUGACAUUCUUGCAGGCUACUAUGCCAAGGCAAUGGGCUUGCCUGUCGACAGGUUAAUUAUAGCCACCAACGAGAAUGAUAUUUUGGAUCGUUUUAUGAAAUCGGGUCGUUACGAAAAAACUGCUGAUAACUCCAAGCCUGCCGAGGUGAAGGCCACAUAUUCUCCUGCUAUGGAUAUCUUGAUAUCCUCGAACUUUGAGAGACUUUUGUGGUACUUAAUCAGAGACAAUUUGGCUGAGGGAGAUGACAAAAAGGCAGGAUCCAUAUUGAACGAAUGGAUGACACAGUUGAAAUCCACCGGUUCGGUGGUUGCUCCAGAGUCGGUGGUCGCUGCUGCUCGCCGUGACUUUGAUUCGGAAAAGGUCACCGAUUCCGAAACUGCUUCUAUGAUCAAAAAGGUUUACCACAACCACCCAAGGAAAUAUGUGUUGGAUCCUCAUACUGCCGUGGGAGUCACAGCCACCUACAGAAACAUAGAAAGAGAUUCAACAACCAAAGAGUCUGCCAAGUACAUUUCGUUGUCGACUGCUCAUCCAGCCAAAUUUGCUGAAGUGGUGAACCUGUCUUUGGAAGGAGUGGAUGGCUACUCUUUUGAAAAAGAUGUAUUACCCGAUGAGUUGAGGGUGUUGGCUUCCAAAGAGAAGAGAUUGAAUCUCAUUGACGAGGCUUCUGUCGAAAAGGUCAAGAGUGCUAUCAUCAAGGCAUUGGAAUCUGCUUAA